CUUCAGUGACACCACGAGGAAAGGUCUGUACUGGGCCAAAUGGCACACAUCCCACAUGUGGCAUCUUUCUUUCUCUUUCUGACUAAGCUCAGCCUUGGCCAGAGGGAGGUAACCAUCCAGAAAGGACCACUGUUUCGGGUCGCGGGCUACCCUAUCAGCAUUGGCUGCAAUGUCACGGGCCACCAGGGACCUGCUGAGCAGAAUUUCCAGUGGUCUGUUUACCUGCCUAAAACCCCGAAACAAGAAAUCCAGAUCGUGAGCACCAAGGAUGCCAGCUUCUCUUAUGUGGUGUACGCACAGCGGGUGCGAAGCGGGGAGAUCUAUGUGGAGAGGGUCCGGGGCAACUCAGUCUUCUUGCACAUCUCAGAGCCCCAGCUGAAGGAUUCUGGCGAGUAUGAGUGUCAUACACCGAACACGGAUGAAAGAUACUAUGGCAAUUACAGCGCGAAGACUAGGCUAAUUGUUAUUCCAGAUACCCUCUCUGCCACCAUGAGUUCCCAGACUCUCAGUAAGGAGGAAGGUGAAUCAUUAGAACUGACCUGCGAAGCAGCCAAAGCCUCAGCUCAGCACACUCAUCUCUCUGUCACCUGGUACCUGAUGCAGGACGGAGAAAGAAACCAAACCACUGAGAUUAUUUCCCUCUCCAAAGAUUUCCUGUUGAUACCUGGGCCCUCGUACACAGAGAGGUUUGCGGCUGGUGACGUCCGGCUCAGCAAGCUUGGGGUUGCCACCUUCAGGCUGUCCAUAGGGAGCCUCCAGCCCUCAGAUCAAGGCCAGCUGUUCUGUGAGGCCACCGAAUGGAUUCAGGAUCCAGAUGAAACCUGGACUUCAAUCGCGAGAAAGCGGACAGCUCACACCGCUCUGAGGAUCCAACCCAUAGUGAGAGAUUUUCACAUCGACAUUUCAGCUGAGAGCGUGUGGACCGCAGGGAAUUCCUUAGAACUGGUCUGCCUCGUCGUAGGUGGUGGCCGGGACCCAUGGCUUCAGAGCAUUUGGUUCUUCAAUGGUAAUGAGAUGGCCCGCAUGGACGCUGGGGGUGUUCUGGACCUGAAAGGCGACUACAGAGAGAGAGCAAGUCAAGGACAGCUCCUGGUUUCAAAGUUAAGCCCCAAAGCUUUCUAUCUCAAGAUCUUCUCCGUGGGACCCGCGGACGAAGGCACCUACAGCUGCGCCGUGGCAGAGGUGGCAAGAGCUCCGAUGGGCUCCUGGCAGGUGCUUCAGAGCAAGCAGUCCCCAGACAGCCACGUGCAUCUGAGGAAGCCAGCAGCAAGAAAUGUGGUCUUAUCCACCAAGAACAAGCAGGAAGCCACGUGGGAAGGAGAGGCAUUAAUGCUUCUUUGCAAGGCAGAUGGGGCUGUGAGUCUCCUGUCCGUGGAAUGGUGGCACCUCCCACAAGGCCAGGCGCAGCCGGAGUUGGUGGCCAGUAUGCAACAAGAUGGUACCGUGCAGCUGGGGGCCUCCUACAAGCAACUCAACAACCGGGGCCCCAGGAGGCUGGAGAAAAUGGACUGGGCCACCUUCCAGCUGGAGAUCAGCCCCACCAGCAUCACAGAUAGCGGUGUGUAUGAGUGCCGAGUGUCUGAGGACACCCAGAGCCACUCCGGAGGUCGGAGCUGGACUCAGAAGUUGGCAGUCACUGUCAAGUCUCUGGAGUCAAGUUUACGGGUUAAGCUGAUGAGCCGUCAGCCCAAAGUAGAAUUAGGCAAGACCUUUGGCUUGUCCUGCGUAGUGGAGGCUGACUACGCUAACCUCAGGGUGCCACUCACUGUGACGUGGCUGUUCCAGCCAUCGAGAUCUCAAGUCUUUCAUCUACUUGUUCGAGUCACCCAUAAUGGCACUAUUGAGUGGGGGGAAGACCUAGCUCAGUUCCAAAAGAAGACAAAAGUUCUCCAGUCCUCGAUUCAUUCUCAACUCCUAAUCCAUGAUGCCACUGAGGAAGAAGCAGGAGUUUAUCAGUGUAAAGUCGAAGUUUAUGUCAGAAAUUCCCUAUGCACAAGCAGCUCCGCAAGAGCUUCUGCCUUCUCUCACUCACUGAUGAUAGCCAUCGCUUUACCAGAGAGCAAGCUGCAAGUGAACUCAAGCAGUCAAGUCCGAGAGAUCCUCAUCAACUACAACACCAACAUAGAAUGUAGCAUCUUGUCCCAGUCCACUGGAGACGUUCAGUUAGCCGUCAUUUGGUACUUCUUUCCCAGUUCCACUAACGCAAUCUGGCUGAGGAUCCUGCAAAUGGACCAAACCAAUGUUGUAAAAUAUGGGGAUGAAUUUCACACCCAAAGGAGAAAACAAAAAUUCUACCCCGAAAAAGUUUCCCAAGACUUGUUUCAGCUACACAUUUUGAAUGUGGAAGACAGCGAUCAGGGCAAGUACCACUGCACUGUGGAGGAAUGGCUCUUGUCUACAAAUGGCACUUGGCACAAGCUUGGAGAAAAGAAGUCGGGUCUGACAGAAUUGAAACUCAGGCCUACAGGAAGUAAAGUACGUGUGUCCAAAGAGUACAGAACAGAGAAUGCUACUGAGCACAGCAAGGUGGCCAUCCGCUGCAGCUUGGAGAGUCCUGGCAGCUCAGCUUCCCUGUUCUCUGUGAUGUGGUACCGGAACAGGGAAAAUUCUGGAACGAAAAUGCUGGUGCACCUGCAGCAUGAUGGCUUGCUGGAGUACGGCGAAGAGGAGCUCAGGAGGCCUCUGGUCUGUUACCGUUUAUCCUCCACAGAGUUUGUCCUGCAGCUUCAUUGGGUAGAGAUGGAGGAUGCUGGACUCUACUGGUGCAGAGUGGCCGAGUGGCAGUUGCACGGCAACCCAAGCAAGUGGGUCAAGCAAGCCUCAGACGAGUCACAGCAUAUGGUGCUCACAGUGCUGCCUUCAGAGCCCACACUUCCUUCCAGGAUCUGCUCAUCGACAUCUUUCCUCUAUUUCCUGUUGACGGUCCCCUGCAUUCUGUUGAUUCUUCUGCUUAUUUCUCUCUUCUGCUACUGCCACAAGGCCAGGAAGUUGUCGGCAAUGAGUCUAAAAGCACAGAAAGAAAAGUCCCUUUGGAUGAACUUGAAAGGGACUGGAGACUGGACAAUAAACCAGAGGGACGAGGAAGACGAAGACCAUUGAAUCCAGAAAGCUCCCAUCGGCCCCAGGGAAAGUGUGGGCUUUGGAAUUGAACUGAGCCACUUGUGAAUGUGAAUGAAUCCAGGUUGGGUCCUUCUUGGUGUCUAUGACCUUGGGCAAGUUACCUAGGAAUCAUAGGGAAUGUUUACUGAGCGUGUUUGUGGGACCCACACCACGAAGUGUUUCUUUGCGUGUUGCCCUCAUCUACCCCUUGUAUCCUCCCAGGAGUUAGACAAUUUACCCUGUUUUUCACUGGAAGUACCUCACAGAGAUUCAGGGUCCCUGUCUGUAAGGAGAGAACCUCCCUCACACAGCCUCUUGGGUAUUCGGUGAGAUCCUACAGUAAAGCCUCGGUGAGAGUACCCUCUACCUUUCCCUCCCUUAUGUCACUGACUCCCAGGAGAGCACUCCAAGUGGUCCAGUCACGCUGACCCUUGGGCAUCCUUUGCCCCCAGAUUACAGGUGUAGGAAGGGCCCUGAUGUCAGCAAGGCAAAAGGGUAUUAGGGAUGUGCCCUUCAUUCAUAUCCCAUCUGUCUUGCAAGGUGAGUGUGACUUCCCUCAAAGCAGAACGCCCAUCAUUCCCUCAUCCCAUCUAUGAAUGCUUUGCAAGAACAAACUCUGUGUAGAGGAUCCCUGAUCAAUAUUGGUCCUUCCAUGAAGCUGUAAAGCAUUUUGUAGUCUGAGUUUCUAUUUUAGUAACAGUGGUCUGAUCAGCCCCCAAGGCCUCAUACCUCCCCUUCCUCCCCAUGCCAAAAGAUCCAUCUGGGUCCUGGCUCUGAGCCAAGGCCUUAUUUUCUGUGACCAGACAGCAUUAGUAGUAGCUCAGGGCAUUGUGGUAGUUAUCGAGGGAGCAGGAGGAACAGUGCCCCUGCCCCGUCCCUCCCCACCCCCCAGCAGCGGCUAGGAGCUCGUGGGAAGCAAUGGGUCAAGUGUGGUUCUUCAGGGGUCCCCUAUUCUAGGCCAGGCAUAGUCGGUUCGGGAGUGUCCUGGCUUAAGAUUUUCAACAUCGGCCCUCAGGAUACAACACCGGUUCCCAGUGGGCCUGAGAUCUCCUCACCUUUGUUUCAGAAGCCGCUCUGGGCCUGUUGGAGCCAGAACUGGAAAUCAAUCAGUGCAGCCUAACAGACUUGAGAAAACCCAUCUAUUUAUUAUCUAUAUGACCAACAGGGUUGCUUUAACACUCGCUAAUUUGCAUUUCCAAGGAGAGCAAUUUAUUUUUAAUUAUUUUAUCAAGCACACGUCUUCUCCAAACAUAAUUAGUUCCUUUGCAAGGGGAGCAUCGGAGGCUAUGAGAACUCCCAGUGUAGACCUCUAUGUCCCUUCUGCUCAUCUCCCUUUAUUGGCUCAUUUAAAAUAUCCCAAGUGUUUCCUUAAAUGUGUCAAUGCAUUUGUCUCUUUUCUCAAAGGGAGGGUGGCAUAUUUUUCAGAAAACAAAGCUAAAGGUAAGACUUCUUCGAAAGUGUGAUGCGCCCUGCCCCCCCCCGAAACCUGUAUUUUAAUUGGGAUUUUGAAGGAAAAGGGAGCAGAAUCGAAACCCAUCAGAUAAUGAGAACGGAUUCUAGUGCUGCCCUCUGCCUGGAGUCCUCUCUCCCCUGACUCCUUCCGUCUCUGCUCACCUGGGUCCUGCCUUUCGGCUCAGAGCUCACCAGCUGUUUCUUCACCUUUGGAUCCAGCCCAGACAAGGCACUAGAGCAGACACGCAGAUGUCCAACUGUGCCACCCAGAGCCAAGCUUGGCACCCAGGGAGCACCACCUUGUGCCCGGCCUGGGAUAGGUGUGAGGAAUCCAGUGGGGAUGCAGCCAGACACAGCUCUAGUCCCCUGGGAUCAUCAUCUUGUGUCUUCUGGAUCCUGUGCCUUCAUACAGCACGCUACGUGUUCUCAGAAGCCACGUUGCACUCUUUGGCCCAUCACGAAUUUUUAGGCAACUAAACCCCAAAGUCGUCUUCUCUCUUUUCCAAACUGAAUAAAAUUUGUGUUCACCCAAAUCAAU